AUGACCCAGAAAUUGCCCGCGCCAGACGUGGAAAGAGGGGGGAGCGGAGGGAGUGGCGGGGGGAGCGGGGAAAGCGGCGGGGGAAGCGCAGAGGACGUUGCAAUCGUCCUUAUCACGGCAGCUGAAAAUGCGGCUGUCAGGAUCGACGAUGCCGACGUGGCAAGUCAGGCGAUUCGGGAGCCUCCUACUGCCGGAUCGGCUUCGCCUCCCGCGUCCAUGUCCAUCCGCGCCGUCAGCCGACGCGGCUCGCAGGGUAGUCCUCAGAACGUGACACGUGGCGGUCAAAGCAGUCAAACAGAGCAGCAAAGGAGAAAACGGAGCAGCCGAACAGAAAUUUCGAAGCGAGCAGAUCCCAAGGUGCAGUUGGCGAGCCAAUCAGAGCGAAGAGGGCUCAUGACAGGGACACUAUCGACGGGGAAGCGUCCAGUGUUGCCACGUGGCGCAAUGCAGCUGGUCGUGGAUCCGUACAACCUGUGGGGCAGCCGGGUAGAUGCGCGGAAGGUUCCCCUGAAGCCGUUUGUUGUGCGGUAUGGUGACACUCUGGCCGCCCUCGCCGUGAGAUUCAGUGUGACUAUACGCGAGUUGCAGAGAAUAAACGGGAUGCAGUCAGAUGCCUUAUAUGAAGGCGCGGUGCUGCUUGCACCUAAAGGCGCCAUCACCCCCCCUCCCCUUGACGUCCGCCCUGGCCUCCGCCGCACCAACCGCCUGCUCUUCUCGCGCCUGUGGGUCCGCCCACCAGCCCUCGGCCAACCACAGCGCGACACGUGGCGCUUCCACCCUGGCACACGGCACCGGCUGAACCAAGCAAAAGCGCGGUGGGAUGAGGCACGGAGGAAGGGGUUUCACCGGCUGCUGCAGGGGUGGCUGCCUCUGCGCUCGCCCAUGGAUGGCUGCUCUGACUGCUUCGUGAGCAGCCCCUUUGGGCCCAGAUGGGGGUCCUUUCAUCGGGGCGUUGACGUGGCCGCAGAGGAGGGAGAGCCAAUCAGAGCGGCUCGCAGUGGCGUGGUGACGCAUGUCGGAGACAUGGACGUGUACGGCAAUCUGGUCACAGUGGCCCACGAGGCAGGCUUCAACCCCCACGAGGCAGGCUUCAACCCCCACGAGGCAGGCUUCAACCCCCACGAGGCAGGCUUCAACCCCCACAAGGCAGGCUUCAACCCCCACGAGGCAGGCUUCAACCCCCACGAGGCAGGGUUCAACCCCCACGAGGCAGGCUUCAACCCCCACAAGGCAGGCUUCAACCCCCACGAGGCAGGCUUCAACCCCCACGAGGCAGGCUUCAACCCCCACGAGGCAGGCUUCAACCCCCACGAGGCAGGCACAGUUCUGAAACGUUCCAACAACCUCCCAGCUACCUUCACCCCCUUCCCCCCCCCGCUCCCCUCCACCCCACAUCAGGUGGGCUGCUGUCAUGUGUCGAGUAGGUUGCUGCAAGUGGAGCCAUCGCAGUGGUGGAGCCAUCCCAGUGGUGGAGCCAUCCCAGUGGUGGAGCCAUCCCAGUGGUGGAGCCAUCCCAGUGGUGGAGCCAUCCCAGUGGUGGGCCACAAGGGGUGCUCCUCAGACUCGUUUCUAUCUUAG